CCGAAAAACCCCACCUGAAAAAUUCCCAGAACCCUGCAGCUCCAAAUCAAAACCACCCCAAAGGCCGAAACCCUCGCACCAUCGCCAUGAGCUCCUUCAACUCCACCACCUCCACCCCAAACUUCGACAACCUCCUCCUCCAAACCCUAAUGGGUAGGCUUCAACUCCGCCCUCCUGCUCCUCUUCACAACCCUUCUUUCCUCCCCCCUCAAUCCCUCGAAGACCUUCUCUUAAACAACUUACCCUCCGACUUCGACUCCGACUCAGACAACGACGACUCCUCAUCAUCCUCUAAAACCCAGCUCGCAAAGGAGGAAUCCAAGCUCGAGAAAGAGAUCAUCCGCACCAUCCUUAGUGGCAAAACCGAAAUUCUGAAGCCCAAUUCCGGCCAGGCCGUUACAGUUGGCGAGCACCAUAUUUGUGUCGGGUUUCAUGAGGAUACUGAUUCUGAUUAUCGGGUUUGGGAGUGGCAUGGACAUAUAAUGUUAUUCGAUGAGGAAAAUGGUUAUACGCCUGAGUAUAUUUAUGGGAAUUACUUUGAAAGAGUCAAUAAGAAGCUGACGAAGGAUAAGAAGAAGAAAAAUGAGGAGGCUAAUGCUGAUGCUCGUGAUCAAAAGUCUGAUGACAAGGAGGAGAAGGUUUCAAAUUUGGGGCUGAGGGAAUUGAUAGAUUCUGGAGAUUCCUGUACUGGCCGGAUUCUCCAUCGGAACAUGAAUGCUGGCUCUCCAAGGCUUCACUAAAUAGCUGGCCUGGCGCAUCAAGUCUCUUCAGCCAAAGAAGAAGUUGUUUCAGGUUAAUGGGGUUUCUUUCACAUGGAGAUCAAGUUUUGUGGUUUCUGGCAAAGCUGCAGUUAACGGUAUCAGGACUUCAAAUGGCCAAUCUUUGGAGGAGUAAUUGGGAAGUAAACUAUUGGGAAUUACGUGCUUGUACUGUGGGCUUAGAAUGUUAUUUUACAUUCCUAUAAAAACAGUAACAGUGGAAGAAAGGUUCUAAAUAUUGUCACUUAUUUGCUGGUAGGCAGCAGAGGCUGGCUGUUUUUAAUUUGUCCAGUUACUUGUUAAUACUGGCAGGUAACAUGCUUUUUUCCUUGGUCGGGCAGAUAAAUUACAGUUGUGUAAAUGUUUUGAGAAAUACGUGUCUGCGUAUAUUGCAUUUGCAUUCAUAAUGCGGGGUUUUCUUUUUUACAGUAAUACGAGCUAUACAAGUUGGUUA